AUGUCUAGCACAUUCCAACACCACGCAAUGGAUUUCAACAGCCCCAUCCCGCUGGACUUCAUCCGCGGCAAAACAAUUCUGCUUACUGGUGGCGCGUCCGGAUUUGGCGCCGCAUUUUUCUCCCGCUGGGCUGCUGAAGGUGCAACAGUGAUAAUAGGUGACAUCAAUACGGUAGCGGGAGCCGAACUCGUCGCACGUGUUCGGGAAGAGACUCAGAACCCAAACCUCCAUUUCCUACCCCUGGACGUAACCUCCUGGCAGUCUCAAGUCGACUUCUUCCGCGAAGCUGUGAAGCUCAGCCCGCAUGGCGGGAUCGAUACUGUUGUGGCCAAUGCGGGCAUAAACAAUGCGAAAGAGUCCAAAUAUUUCGAAGAGCCCCCAAGAGACUACCAAAAUGAACCCAACCCACCCGCACCGCGAUUCUCCACCAUUGAUGUAAAUCUUACCGGAACCCUAUAUACGACGCACCUAGCUCUAUUCUACUUGCCCCGCAACCCAGGAUCGAUGCCAUGCUCACCGGCUUCUUCUGAAUCUUCUACUCAGCCGCCAGAAACCAGGGAAAGAGACAGACACAUACUCCUCUUAGGCUCCGUAGCAAGUAUCUUACCUCUACCUUCCCAGACUUCUUACUGCGUCUCUAAACAUGGUGUUAUGGGUCUUUUCCGUUCUCUGCGCGCCACAACCCCGCUUCGAGACGGGGUUCGGGUGAAUAUUCUCUGCCCGUACUUUACUGAGACUCCAAUCCUCAGCGUCAGCGGCAAGGUCAUUUUAUCCGGCGCCGCACUGACAGAUAUUAAUCACGUCUGUGAUGCGGCGACGCGCUUUGUGGCGGAUCCUGGGUGCGUGGGUCGCAGUGUGGUGAUUGCACCGAAGCUCAGAGUUCGGUCUCCCCUGUCCGGACCUGGUCCUGACGGCGAAUUGGAAGCGGGAGAGGAACGGAUCCCAGGGAUGGGUGGGUUGAAGGGUAUUCCUGAUAUGCAGGACGUAUACGACCUUGCAACGAAUCCUGCAAAUAGUGGGCUGAGGGCCGAAUCGAAAGCUGGUGGAGAUGGGAGGGAGGUGAGGGAUAUCGCUAUUUGGGAAUUUUACGCGCAUGAUUUGGAUGACUCGGAACUAUUCACCCGAAGGAUUAUUGGGAUUAUACUGAUCACGGCUAAGAUAAGAGGCUGGUGGUUGUUUAUAACGGAUCUAUGGAACGGAGUUACCAUGGGUUUGAAAAAAGCAUUAGGUGGUGGUGAGAAGAGAAAGAAAAAUGAUUAG